UUUCGUUGAAAAAGAUAUGAAAAGAAUGCUUUGGAUUGUUUUGCUCAUAAUUAGUGUAUCACAUUGCCAAGAAAAUGGUCUCACAACUCAUGGCUUCAAAUAUAUUGAAGAAGUAAAGAAUGUAGCGGGCUUUGGAGAUGCCCAGCAUAGAGGUCCUCAGUGGUAUGAUUAUGACUCCAAAUCUCCAGGAGAAAGCGGUAGCUAUUUAAGGACUAGCGAUUCUGAUGAUGAAUCGAGUUCAUUAUCAGCAGAUUCUAGUAGCAUCUCAUCGAGCCAGUCCUCUGAAGCAUCUUCAAUAGAAACUAAUGAAGAUCGAAAAGCAACUAAAACCUAUCGAACAUGUACGCCUUGUCCACACGACAUGAUGAAAAAGUACAAAAAUUUUGGAAUCAAAUGGAUAUGCAGUGGCUAUCAACGUGCAAGACGUUCUUUUAAAAGCGAAUGCAUGAUGAGGUACAGAAAUUGUCAAGACGGAACAAUGUUCGUGAAACUGUACGAUCAUCGCUGUAAAGAUAGUCCGUAUCACGGCAGACACUGGUUUUAUAUUUAUAAAGUAUAAUGUUAAUUAC